CCAUUCCAACAAGGUAGAGCGGCCAAAGCCAGCCCACGUCUGGCCGGUCGUUCCGUUCCGCUACUGCUAUAUGUGUGUGAGCGCAGCGAGCUAACGAGGAUUGUGUGAGUCCUCGCCAAGGAUUAGUGGAGUUGGUUUGUCCUCAGUAGAUAGUGUCGCGGCAGCUGCAGUUACAUCAAAGGCUUUAGCUCGCUCUUCCAGGUCACAUCAACGCGAACGUUGCUGGAUAGUAACCGUUUGAUAUCCCACUCUACUGUAAUAGCUGCUGCCAGAGCUGCUGCAGAUUCGCCUUUUCGUCGCAAAGGCUACAUUUUCCGAACGGACUUAUAAAUGUCGGACCUCAUCGGAAUGAUGCACUGAAGAAAGACUUGGCUUCAUGCAAGCGUCUGUCCAGAGGCUGCAGUAUAGCUGAGCGAUUGCGGCACACUGUUGACGUUUUUUUACGGUUCCACAGUCUAACAUCAGUGGUUGUCUGUAAAGGGAGAAUCGUGAAUUUAGAUCGCCCUGCGCUCGGCGAAAACAUAAUGGCCACUCUACUGCGGAAAAUCGGUCUGAUUCGUCUUCACGACCGGGACACAGAGGACCCCAAGCAUCACCAGGGCUCACUAAAGGGGACCAAGGGGAACACGAAGAACACGAAGCAGCACUGUCAGACCACCAACGAGACGAACAACAUCCUCAGCACCCCCGAGAUCAAAGCGAAGAAGCUGGACCAGCACAACAGCAAUGACAAACCGUCCGUAAAGGAUAAGCAACAGGGCAAGGACGCCAAUGAGAAACAGCAGAUGGGAGGCGGAGGAGGUGGGAUCGGGGUUGGAAAAUCAGCGACCAGUGCCUCAAUACCACCACUAGCCCCUCACCGGCAGCACUGCACCCAAGUCCGGACGAGGAGACUUAUGAAGGAACUCCAGGAGAUCCGGCGGUUGGGAGACAACUUUAUAACGGUCGAACUGGUCGACGACAAUCUAUUUGACUGGAACGUCAAGCUCCACCAGGUGGACAAAGACUCGGCGCUGUGGCAGGACAUGAAAGAAACAAACACCGAGUUCAUUCUGCUGAAUGUCUCUUUCCCCGACAAUUUCCCCUUCUCUCCGCCAUUCAUGCGGGUGCUCACCCCCCGGUUGGAAAACGGGUACGUUCUGGACGGUGGAGCGAUAUGUAUGGAGUUGUUAACCCCCCGCGGAUGGUCCAGCGCCUACACAGUGGAAGCCGUGAUGAGACAAUUUGCUGCAAGUCUGGUAAAAGGACAGGGGCGUAUCUGCAGAAAAGCAGGGAAGUCCAAGAAGGCAUUUAGCCGCAAAGAGGCGGAGGCCACCUUUAAGAGUCUGGUGAAGACCCACGAGAAGUACGGCUGGGUCUCCCCCCCAGUGUCUGACGGCUGAGGUGACGGGCCGGCCAUGACGCUAGCUAGCCAUGCUAACCAUGACACACCGCGCUAACUCGACUUCUCCUCCUUGACCAUACCACUCCACCGCUCAAGUUGUUUUCGGUUGCUUUGGGUUUUUUCUUGUUGUUGUCUUCAUCAGCUCACUGAGACUUCAGAAGGAACAAAUAAAGGAACACUCGCCUACUUCGUCUUCACUUUGCCGAUAAUCGUCAUAAUCUCGUCAUCAUCAAGCCUUCCUCCUGCGCUGCACUCCUCCCUCCUCUCUCUCUGCGUUCAUCCCUCCUUCGGCUGAGUAGAAGGUUCUGCGGGAUGUGCGUGAACUGACUUAUUCAGGAAAGUGUGUGUGUGUGUGUCAGCGGAGUGUUUGUCACAGUGGUUGAUGGAUUGGGUUUCCGACACACGCACACACACACCAACCACACACCAACCACACACCCACACUGACUGUGUGGGGAUCUGUGGAAAGACUGUGAAAGACUACUGAGAAGAGGGAGAUGUAUCCCCUUUCCUUUUUUGUCCCACCCUCCCAUCUCACCUUCCUUCCUCUCCUCUUCUGUCCCACCCUCCCAUCUCACCUUCCUUCCUCUCCUCUUUUGUCCCACCCACCCAUCUCACCUUCCUUCCUCUCCUCUUUUGUCCCACCCUCCCAUCUCACCUUCCUUCCUCUCCUCUUUUGUCCCACCCUCCCAUCUCACCUUCCUUCCUCUCCUCUUUUGUCCCACCCUCCCAUCUCACCUUCCUUCCUCUCCUCUUUUGUCCCACCCACCCAUCUCACCUUCCUUCCUCUCCUCUUUUGUCCCACCCUCCCAUCUCACCUUCCUUCCUCUCCUCUUUUGUCCCACCCUCCCAUCUCACCUUCCUUCCUCUCCUCUUUUGUCCCACCCUCCCAUCUCACCUUCCUUCCUCUCCUCUUUUGUCCCACCCUCCCAUCUCACCUUCCUUCCUCUCCUCUUUUGUCCCACCCUCCCAUCUCACCUUCCUUCCUCUUAUCCCUCACCGCUCUCUCUAAGCUGACACUACAUUGCACUGAACUGAAGUCCAUCCAGUCUGCCUGAUCAUUUAAAUCCUGACCAGGCUGUUGAUGUUUAAUAGACAGGCAGUGCAGGAAGGCAGCUCAUGCAUUCACCCCUUCUUUUUCGUUAGAUUUUUCUCUCCUCUGUUCUUCUCUUUUGACUGUGCUGUUUUUCACAGUUCAAUGCAACAUGAAGAUUGUAAUGUAUGUAGAGCUGUGCUCUCUCUCCAUCUCGCUUUCUAUCGUUAAUUCUCCUCUCUCUCUCUUUGUGGCUAAAUUUAGACCUCAGUGUGUUGCGUAGACGGUUAUUGAUUUCUAACGAGAAAAAAAAUCACUUGCUUUAUAUGCAGAGACUGUACGAUUAAUAGAAUGGCAGUCAACCACAGCAAUCUCUAUCCCCUCUCCCUUGCUUUCUCUCCUCUCUCUCUCUCUCGCUGUCUUUCUCCUCUUUCUCUGUAUAUCUCUCUGUAUAUCUCUCUGUAUCUCUCUCUGUAUCUCUCUCUGUAUCUCUCUCUCUCUCUCACUGUCUCUCUCUGUCUCUAACUCUCCCUGUAUUUCUCCUCUCUCUCUCUCUCUCUCUCUCCCUCCCUCCCUCCCUCCCUCCCUCCCUCUUCUCUCUCUCUCUCUGGUCACAUUAUCAUGUAUAGAUGAAGACCAGCAGCUAUAAUUCAUAUAAUCCAUGAUUUAGGUACCAGAUGGUCAAGCUAAUAAUCAGGCCCCUGAAAGGUGUGUGCAUUGGCACAUCACAUGCACACUCAGCAUUUAGCGUUGGCUCGCGUGCACACACACACACCUGCCAGCGUGGCUGUGUGUGAUGAUAACACCCCUAAAUUAGGAUGGACAGAGCAGAACUCUGGCGAGGAUGGAGUGGUGGAAUAAUAAACAAGUGUCCUCUGAAAGAUGACUGUGUCUCAGUGAGCUCCUGAUUAAUGUCUGGAGGGAGGGAGAUAGGGAAGGAGAGAGGGAGGGAGAGGGGAAGGGAGAGGGAAGAAGAGAGAAGGAAUAGAGAGGGAGGAAUAGAGGGAAGGAGAGAGGGAUGCAAACUUUGAUGUUCACCGCCAGCUCCUCGAAAUGUCAGCUGGAAUCCAGAAUGGCUGAGAAAAAGCAUGUGUGUGUGUGUACAAACACACACACACACACACACACACACACACACACACACACACACACACACACACACACACACACACACACACACACACACACACACACACACACACACACACACACACACACACACACACACACACACACACACACACACACACACACACACACACACACUGUAGCUUCCACAUCCCUCUUGUUAUGCUGUACAGUAUAUGUGUGGCUGGGAAUGAACAACACAAGGAGCUAGUUGCUAAUUGCUGUGACAUUUGACCAGAGAGUUGUCAGAUGAAUAACUAGUGAGAGUGAUGACGUCACACCUCCUGCUCCGCUCACACACACACACACACACACACACACACACACACACACACACACACACACACACACACACACACACACACACACACACACACACACACACACACACCUCCUGCACUGCUGGGUCGGGGGUUCUAGACAAACUCACUUUUUGUUUUACAUUGUGUGUAAAGCAAUGUUUAUACAGUACAUCAUUAUAGACAAUGUUCAUCAUCAGGGGGAUGAUAUGUGUGUGAGAGUGGUUGUCUCGUGUGUGAUGGUCUCUUGGACACAGUUAAAGACAUCCCCAUCUGGUAUCUAAUCAUGAGAAAGGGUACGUUUUAAAAUGGUACCCUACUGUAUUACCCAUCUAGUGCACUACUUGUGACCAGAGCCCUAUGUAGGAAAUAGGGUGCCAAUUGGAUGAGGCCUAAGUCAGUGCUGACGGUCUUCUUCCUCUUUUCUGUUGGGGACAGUCAAGUCAGGGUUGGCUGUGGGCAUUUCUCUGUGCUUACGAUGAGAGGAGAAAACUACUGUAAAAUUAAGAAUUAAUUAGACAAAAUAUCUCCAAAUUGGGUGUUUGCUGGUUUAAAGAGAAUCAUUUUGUGAUAUAGUUUAGAUCGUUAGUUUGCAGACACAACUGGGUGAAUCAGUUCUGUUGUAUUAUAUCUGCAUGUGGUAAGUGAUUGGUAGCUAGCUAUCUUUUUUUCAAGAAAAACAACGGGGAAAACGACGACGGGGUAAGAAAACGAACAGCAAAAUGCUUCUCUUCUCUUGUUCUCUUGAUUUCCGUUUUCAGUAUUUAUAUUUUUCGUUCCGACUUCCUAAAAAAUACUUUCACGUUAUGUUCUUUGAAUGUUUGUGUUUUAAUUUAUUUGUGAUUUGCCAAAAUGAAGAUGUUGAAGCAUGUCGCAGGUAUUGUCACAGAAAAAGAGAAAUAAAUCCGAACUAAGAAUGAUGAUGCUUAUCUGUGUCAGAAGGAGGGUGUUCAGUUGUAUAUUUUGUAGGGGACUUUCAAAGAACCAGAUUAAGAAGGACUAGACAAUGAUGUCAACCUUCUCCAGGAACUAAUCUCACUGGGAGCAGAACUCUAUGGAACCCACUGGAACUGAAGGAUCAAUCAGAAUUCUCUGCUCUCACGUGUAUUUCCUACUCUCUUCUGUGAUAUCACUGAUGUCCAUCCUUCUUUUUCUGGUUCCAGACCUCGGUACUGCUCGGGUAGAAGUUGCCCUUAGGCACAGAUCUAGGAUCAGCUUACCCUGCCUAAAUCCUAACCUUCACGAUUACAAUGGAAUACGCACAUCUGCCCCUAGAUCAGUUUCUUGGGGCAACUUCACCCUACUCCCGAUUGAAGUGUCUAGUCCAGGCCGAGGUCAAAAGUUCAAAAGGUGAAAGGUCGUUGCAAGACCAAACAGGAAUGUGCAAUAAAAGUUACAGCUUAUUGA